CUCACUACAACACAGUGGGCUUUAAUUCGAAAAGUGUGAGUUUAAAGGUUAUGUGGUAGUAGGUGUGAGGUCACGCCCAGCUAUUACUUUAAAAAAGGCAAUCAACAUGGCUGACAUUUCUAGCGGUGAAUCAGAUGAUGAGGAGUACGUCCCUGAAGGGGCAUCCAGUGCGGCCAGUGACGAGUCCGAAGGGGAGUGGAAACCAGGGGGUGUGGUCAAGCGAGUGCGGAGAUCGAGCAAGCCGACUAGAAGGAGUUCACGGAAGAGUGUAACUACCACCCGAACCAGGAGUAGACGAGGAGGCAUCAAACUCAGUAAAUAUGUAUCGAGUGAUGAAGACGAUGAUGAUGAUGAGGGUGAAGCUAGCGAAGGAAGUGAGGCUGAUGAGGCUGAUGAGGGUGUGGAUGGUGGUGAUGGUGGUGAUGGCAGUGAGGGUGGUGAUGGUGCUGGCGGUGCUGACGACAGUGACACUGAUGAGGAGGACGUUGCUACUACUGUGGCCAAGCCAUCAAAUAAAAACUCUUCAAGAAUUGAUGAUCUCUGGGCCUCGUUUAAAGAAGAUGUUGGAAUUCCAGCUAAACAAGAGAAGGACGCCAGCAAUGAAAAGGACCCUGUUGCUACUGGCACACUGCAAGCGGAGAAAGAAGACGACAUUUUUGCUAAAGAAGGAAUGAAUAAAACUGUGUCCAUUAAGACGAAAUACGAUUUUGCUGGAGAAGAAGUCGAAGUGGAGAAGGAAGUGCGGGUAGACUCUAAAGAAGCUAAGAAGUUCUUUGAGAGCCAAUCCUCCACACAGCCAGCAGAGAAAAUGGAUCAGGAGGCUGGUCUACAAACAGGUACUAAAAGGAAGGGGUCUGGUCUCGGCUCAGUCCUGGAUUCGAUUGGGAAGAAACAGAAAAUGAGUACACUGGAGAAGUCUCAUCUUGAUUGGCAGCAGUUCAAGACCAGUGAGGGUCUGGAGGAUGAACUAGCUCAUGGCACUAAGGACGGGUACCUAGCGAAGCAAGAGUUCCUUCAGCGAGCUGACCUGAGGCAGUUUGAGCUGGAGAGAGAACAGAGGCUGAAGAGAUUCAAAAGACUACACUGACACUUUGUUUUCAUAUACAUAGAAAUCACUUUCCAUUUUUCUCAUCAUACCCAUCAUUAAUUUUUUUGCAUAUAAACACAUGAUUGUCUACAUGUAGUGUUAGUUGACAUAAUAUGAUUUGGAUUUUUG